AUGGCGGCCAUCCCGCUGGGCGCGAGCCUGCUGCAGGGCGACCUGCUGGACGGCGUCGUGGAGUCGGCGCUGCGCAGCGUUGCCGCACAGCUCAAGGCGGAGUUCCGGAGGGAGCUCGGCCUGGCCCUGCGGGUCGCGCAGCCAGAGGCGGCCCUCGGGCUCGGUUUCGAGCGCACGGAGGCCCCCCUGGUCGCCGUGCCCGGCCUGAAUACACCGGUCACCGAGCAUGCAGAAGGCAAGACAGGGGAGCCCACUGAGCCGAAGAUGGCGGAUCGCUGUGGGCUUCAUGCCAUGCCCCAGAGGAUGGCGUCCUUUGGCGACGCGACGAAGCCGGCCGAGAAUGCUCAGGCAAGGCCAGUCUUGACUGAGGAGGACCAGGCGGAAAUAAUCCGCAUGAGGGCAGAGGAGAUUGCGCGGGAAGAGGCUGCAAAGAAGGCAAUGAGACGUCAUCGUUUACACAGUGUCAUGUUCGACCAACCCAUCCUGGGCCAGGCCAGCCGAUGCAAAGUUUUCCUAUACCAUUUGAUCACAAGUCUGAAGUUCGAUCUAUGCAUGGGCGUCAUCAUCCUUCUCAACGCCAUAUCGAUCGGCUUGGAGACUUCCACCUCGCGACGUGGCGAUCAUGUUCCGUUUUUCUUGCAUGCCUUGGAGUACAUGUUUCUUUCUCUAUUGCGCGGAGCUGGGCAUCCGGGUCUACGUCGGCGGGCGCGAGGCGUUCCAGAGCCACUGGGUGAAGUUUGA